AUGCCCAACGAAGACCUCAAGGCGCACGCCGCCUCCAACCAAGACUUCUACGCCCUCCUGGAUGUCCCCGCAGCAGCCAACGAAUCCGAAAUCCGACGCGCAUACCGUCGCACCGCCCUAAAAUACCACCCAGACAAGAUCGCCAACCCCACACCGGCCGACAUCGACAAGUUCCACUUCCUCCAGAUCGCCUACGAUGUCCUCUCCGACCCCUCAGUCCGACAGCUAUACGACAAUGCUCGGGAAGCGCGACAGCGCAAGCAGCGCGAGCGGGACAUGAUGGGCGCGGCGAAGCGCAAGAUGCGAGAGGACCUCGAAGCACGGGAACGAGCAGGCGCUGCGGAGAUGGGUGGUGCUGGGGUGAAGCAGGGUGUUAAGAGGUCUUGGAUGGCAGGUGGGGAUGAUGAUGCGGAGGAGAAGCUUCAGCGGGAGAUUGAGCGCAUUGCGGAGGAUGGGAGGCGGAGACGUCGCGAGGCGGAGGAUAAGAUUAAGAAGGAGUUGGACGAGGAGCAAAAAAAGCCAGCGGGUGGAUCGGUCGAAGGAGGGGGUGGUGCUGAGGUUCCUGAGCUUGAGCGUGCGGUUAAGGUGCGCUGGGUGCGCGAGGGACGUGGGCUUGAGGUUGAUAUUGAGAGGCUCGCGGUGCUGUUUGCGCCGUUUGGGAAGAUUGAGAAUACGUUUAUGCUUAAGGAUAAACGUCAGCGGAUCGGGGAUAAGAAGGAGAAGAAGACUGUUGCAACUGGUGUGGUGGUCUUCACUUCUAUUGUCAGUGCUCAUACUGCUGUGCUUGAUAGCGAGAAGAAGCUCCGCCAGCAAACUGGACGGGACGGCGAGUGGGCUCUUAUUGAGUCUGUCUUCUGGGCCUCGGGCAGCCAGCCUGAUCUGGGAAUGGGUACGAAUGGGCAGGCUACUGCUGAUGCACCAUCCAAGCCCAAAGCACCCGAACCGGCGGCUACGCCUUCAAUGCCUUCUACCAAUCCUUCCAACGGAUCUGCCAAACCCUCCUUCAAUUUCCCAGGCUUGAAUUCAGCUCCUCCUUUUGGGAAAGCGCCGUCGUUCGGAUCCUUUGCCUCUGCAUCUGCUGCGAGUGCCCCCAAGGCAUCAUCAUUCAAUCCGUCUGGAAAGUCUUCAAGCACGCCUAACAUGGAGGAAGUGACCCUGAUGCGAUUGAAGAAUGCGCAACGAGAGAAGGAGCGCAAAGCCCUCGAGGAACAACUAGCGCGCGAAGAUGAAGCCGCAGAUGCAGAAGAAGCGGCAGCGAAAGCCACCUAG